AUGGGAAGGGGAAGGGUUCAGCUACGGCGGAUCGAGAACAAGAUAAGGAGACAAGUGACAUUUUCAAAGCGAAGAACGGGUUUGGUCAAGAAAGCUCAAGAAAUCUCAGUUUUAUGUGAUGCUGAUGUUGCUUUGAUUGUCUUCUCUCCCAAAGGCAAGCUCUUUGAGUACUCUGCUGGUUCCAGGUUCGGAUUGCUUCCCAAAUUAACUAAUUCAUUUAAUUGGGGAAAGUGGUAG